AUGAGUACUGCUCAAUUCAUUGCUAGCCGAUUGCUGCGAGAGGCUUUACAAGCGGCGAUUGCCAAUGAUGCUGAUGAGGAUUCCGAAGCGACUUUCUUUCCGACCAGCGCUCCUACGACGGAAGAUGACUUUCAGCGUCGAAAUUGGAUGAUGUACAAUAUAGCCAUGGUCAAGAAACCUUUGCUUACCGGCGUGGGCGUCUUGAUUGGACUCGUCAUGAUCGCGUACGGCUUCAUGCACCUUUUGGAGCGUCUGAACGUGUGCGAACGGGUGGACAUGCAACGCGCUGAGCGUAAGAAAUCGGACGGAUUAUGGGACAUUCAAGAAUCUGAGCGACGCAAAAUCCUUCUAUUCCUUUUCCGGAAACAAGCCAAGACAGUGUUUCGCUUCAAACGGGAAGAGGGAGGAAAAGCGGUGGUAGACGAAACAACGACGCAACCUCUUUCGCAACAGAGCACAAUGCCAGAGGACGCUAACAGGGAUAUUUGUGUUUCACUGAACCAAGAGUCGACCGGAACGACAAUCAAUGGGCGCCAAGCAUCAUGCUGCAUCUCAGGAAGCGUUAUUCAAAAAUCUGCCAUUCCCCCCGAUACAACCGAUUGUGGUCAGGUUUCCACUGCGGAUGAGUCUGAGAAUGUCACUACAAGCGAAAAGAAUGUGUCACAUCCUCUGAAUGGUAGCUCCACAAAAGCGAGCCCGGAUGCUGUUUUAUACGACCAAGAACAGAAGGAGACAGUCGCAUCCAUUUUGGUUGCUCCCAAUGAGGAACUAGACAGCAGUACAAACGCUGCCGAUGACGAAAACGACAACAACCUGUCAUACGAAGAGGUCAUAUCAGAACCCAGUACAGACAGUCUGGAAUACGUCUGUUCCAUCUGCCUUUCGGACUACGAAGAUGGAUGCAAGGUAAUGACAGGUACUGCCUGUCAACACGUCUUUCACAUGGAAUGUGCAAUGGAAUGGCUACAGAAGCACUCGCAUUGUCCUUACUGUCGGGAACCAAUGAUGAGCCGGGACGAAUUUCGCUUGGCAGCCAUGCAAGUUCUAGGUUUAGUCCGAUGUCGGGAGCUUGGCAUUCUUGCAGACCCUUCUACGGAUACAGAAAGAGGCGAAAGUGACAGCCCCGUUUAGUACACG